AUGAAUCCGUGGAUAGCAUUGUUAAUACUCAACUUCUGGGGUCUACUAUGCGUGGUAAACGCUAAACCAAGCUACACAAAGAGUUAUGACCCUCGUAUCGUAACCGAUCACGAAUAUGAAGCAAAUAUAUUUCCAAUAGAUUUAAGAUCCCUAAGGGAUUACAGUCUUUCAGAUUAUUUACUCAUCAAUAGGAAUACCGGUAACCUUCUAUGGACCCUUCCAUUUGAUGAACCCUUGAUCAAAAUUGAAACUAAUGGUUCUCAUUCUAAUGCCGACACCAAUAUUCUAUGGUUCGUAGAGCCAUAUAAUGACGGGUCACUCUAUUAUUUUACUCCUGAAUAUGGACUCAACAAAUUACCGGCAAGCAUCAAAGAGUUGGUACUCCAAAGUCCGUUCUUCUUAUCGGGUGAUGAUAAGAUUUAUACGGGUACCCGAAAAACAUCUCUUUAUACCAUCAAUGUCCACACGGGCGAAUUAAUGGGUCAAUAUGGAGACAGUGAAGAUAGCGGACCAAAGCCAACCACCGCCUACGAAUAUGGUCAAGACGACGUCGAUUGCAUUAUGAUAGGAAAAACCGUCUAUGAGCUCACUAUCCAUUCUCAGUCUAAUUCAAAUGUAGUAUGGUAUGUCACAUACACACAAUGGGGGCCAAAUAAUAUCGACAAUGACUUGAUCCUACAGAACCAGAAAUCAAUGGACAAGUUAUAUUUCACUCCAUUCCAUGAUAGGUCACUUUUGGCCAUAAACCAGGAUUUAGGAACCCCAAUAUGGAUAAGCAAACUUCCGCUGUUGACCGUCAAUGUCUUUGAUAUAUUCAACAAUCCCAAGUCCAAGAACGAUUUCGUCACUCUUCCUCAUCCAUUGAAAGUGUUGAACAAUUUGCAGGUGAACCAUGAUGAUACUAUCAACGACGAUUUGUGCUUCAUCAACAGGACUGCAAACUCCAAACAGUGGUUUGCCAUGAGCUUUGAAAACUACCCAACCUUGAUAAAGUCUGCACCCAUUGCACACUAUCAAAUGUCCUUGUUCAAAGCGGACAAUGACAUUCGUGACUUGCAAGAUUUAUACCAUUUGAGGUAUCUUGAUCCAGUUUCUAAGUUCAAGGAUAUUUUGGUUGAUUAUGGUAUUGAUGAUGGGACCACUAUCUACGGUUUACCUGAGACUGACACGCAAGGAUUGGUAGUUCACAGGACUACUACAAAUCUUCCAUUUGCCAACAUCAUAGAGGGAAUUAGGUUUCAUACUGCCUCGAAAGUGGAUGGUAAGCUGUUUCCAACUUCUCAUAAAGAACAGAACAUGUUUGCCAUAGAUCAGCCUGAACAGUUGGAGUAUUUGCCUGGUCCAAAUUCUGAAGAGUACCAUCCAUAUAAGGUUCAACACACACGACCUUCACUUUUCAGGAGAAUAAUUGAAGACAUAGCUGUACUCCUUUCACUACUUGCAGUAUUCGUUUUGGGUGUCAGGAUAAUGCGUAGAGUAUUCAGCAAUUGGAAAAUUGAAUUUGUUGUCAAUAUUGAUAAUAUCAAUGGAUUGGCUGGGAAUGCAACCGAAGAAGGAGAAUUGGAUCCAAAACUCCCACCUUCGGGAGAAAAAGUCACUGACAAUCUUAACGAGGGCAAAAAGGAUGGCAUCGUUCUGAAGGAGAACGGAGUUACUGAUUCGGGUUCUGCAGAUUCUUCUGAAAUGCAGAGGUUGACUCUAGUUGAUCCAAUAAAAGCUGAGGAUAUUGAAGAAUUAGCAAAGAAGAGACAACGGAAGAGAGGAAGUCGUGGUGGAAAGAGAGGGAACAAGUCGAAGAAACCCGAGGACAAUGAUGAGCUUGACGAACUUGUGUUUUCUGAAACUGAAGAACUUCAAAUUGAAAAUGAUUUAAUCAUUUCAGACAAAAUUCUUGGUUACGGGUCUCAUGGUACGGUGGUGUUUCAAGGUACGUUUGAGAAUAGACCAGUGGCUGUAAAGAGAAUGCUAUUGGAUUUCUAUGAUGUUGCCAACCACGAAGUUUCUUUGCUACAGCAAAGUGAUGACCAUCCCAAUGUUAUCAGAUACUUUUGUUCUCAGAGUUCUGUCAGUGAAAAGUUUCUUUAUAUUGCCUUAGAGCUCUGUCGAGGAUCAUUAGAUGACUUAAUCGAAAGACCCAAAAUAAGUGCAAACUUUACUCAUUUGAAAAACUUGACUUUGAACUACUCUGAUUUGUUGUAUCAAUUAACCAAUGGCUUAAACUACUUGCACAACUUGAAAAUUGUUCACAGAGAUCUCAAACCCCAAAAUAUUUUGAUAGGGGAGGUCAAAAACAAGAAUAAUGGUAAGGAGCAAGACAACUCAGAUUCCAAUUUCAGACUAUUGAUUUCAGACUUCGGGUUGUGUAAGAGACUUGACAACGACCAGAGCUCGUUUAGGGCCACUACUCAAAAUGCUGCUUCAGGUACGUCUGGCUGGAGAGCUCCAGAGUUACUCUUGAAUCAUGAUUUAUUGGAAAUAUCACCUGAUACUAUUUCUUCUAUUGGGUCAAACAGCCCUUCCAACAACAACAAUAGUAACUCCACAGGAGGUAUUAAACGAUUAACGAAAGCAAUCGACAUUUUUUCGUUGGGUUGUAUUUUUUUCUAUAUCAUGACGAAAGGAAACCAUCCUUUUGGUGACCGGUAUAUGAGGGAUGGUAACAUCGUUAAAGGGAUUUAUAGUCUCUCAUUGUUGGAUGACUGUAAGGACAGGUACGAACUGAAACAUUUGAUAGCUUCCAUGAUUGACCAAAACCCUGACAAAAGACCCAAUACGCGUGAUAUUAUGAAGCACCCAUUCUUCUGGUCUAAGGGUAAGAAGUUAGAAUUUCUCUUGAAAGUCAGCGACAGAUUUGAGAUAGAGAAAAGAGACCCGCCUAGUCCAUUAUUACUCGAAUUGGAGAAAGCCUCUCGUAGGAUUACUGGCGGUAAUUGGCAUGUUAAGUUCAAUGACGAAUUUAUGAGCAACCUUGGAAAGUAUAGGAAGUACCAACCCGAGAAGCUAAUGGAUCUUUUAAGAGCCCUUAGAAACAAAUAUCAUCAUUUCAACGAUAUGCCCUUGACUUUGCAGAAGAAGAUGAGUCCUUUACCAAAUGGAUUCUAUGAUUAUUUCAAUUCUAGAUUCCCGAACUUGGUAAUGGAGGUUUACUUCGUUGUGGAAAGAAACUUGAAGAAAGAACAUAUUUUUGAAGAAUACUACUAAGUAUAUACUACCCCCUUUAUUAAUGAUGCACAUGAAUAUAUAACGUAUAAACUUUUUCCUAUUCACUCAGUCAGUAAACUUUUUAUGAGUGUUCUUGAAGCUAUUAGAGCUUAUAGCAGGGCCACUCAUGCUUUGUGUUAUCGUGUUCCCUGUGACUGAUUUAUUCCCCAAUGUUUGCUGCAAAUAUUCUUUGGUCUCAUCUAAGUUUUUCUGUUGGCUGGUGUUUUGCAGACUUACUAAGUCUUUGUAUCUCUUCAUGUACAGUUUAACACGGUCUAACUCCUUCAUUACAGGAUGGCCAGCGGUAUCAACUCCCUUGGACCGUAAAUAAGCAACAACUAUUGAUAUCAAAACGUAUGAAUAGCUGUUGUAAAUCUCAAUUUUUUCAAUGGGGGAAUCAACAUUAGACACCACUUCAUCAAGAGACUUGGUUAUUAUGGGUUGUAAUUUCGUAUGCAAGUCAUCUAUGGAACCAUCUAACAGGUCUAAGAAUUUCUGGAUUUUUAUUACUUGAUCAUCCAUGUUGCUUUGAUAUUAGAAUGUGUUUUAAGACAAGUGUAAAGAUAAAAUGUGGAAAAGAAAAAUUGCAAUAUGCUAUUAAAUGUUUUGUGAGAUGCGAUGCUCAUCUUGCAUCACCAAUUUUUUUUGAGCGAAGAC